UAUGCGCGAUGCCACCAGCCUAUCUACAGUGCCACCACCACUCAGUCAUGACGAGGCAUUACGGAGACAGCAACAACCAGGCGGGGGAUAUUUUCUUCGAAUUGGAGGCAACGUUCAGUGCCAAGGUGUACCUCAUUCUGACGCAGCUGAAACAGGCAGGCAUGUCGCCCGCAGCGUUCAUCCUCGAGCGCUACGACUUGGAUACUCCGAGCGAGAUAACAUUCUACGACGACAGCAUGGGGAGAGAUGUGCAGUGCGCUGCCGGUCCGUUCGGCUUCACGAAGACAACAAAAGCAAAGCUUUCGGAGUUUUCAUAAACAAUCCAGAACAAGCAGAAAUG